ACAUGUUACAUUACAGUUCCCUGGCAACUGGCAACUCAAGGCUCCUGCCUCUUGCUCGGCUGCUACUUAAAUUUUACCCUCAAUAAUCAUUAAACUUAGAUAGCUCCUUCGCAGCUAGUCCCUAGAUAAACCCUAACUUCUCUUUCUAUAAUGCAUUGCUCAAUUUCCGGCGAGGUUCCGGGAGAGCCCGUCGUCUCGAAGAGGUCUGGGCUUUUAUACGAGAAACGCUUAAUCGAGAGACACGUAUCGGAAUAUGGAAAAUGCCCCAUUACUGGGGAACCGCUUACCAUGGAUGAUGUUGUUCCAGUCGAAACAGGAAAAAUUGUGAAGCCGAGAACUGUACAGACCGCAAGCAUCCCUGGGAUGCUUGGAAUGUUUCAGAAUGAAUGGGAUGGCCUAAUGUUGUCCAACUUUGCAUUGGAGCAACAAUUACAUACAGCAAGGCAAGAGCUAAGUCAUGCAUUAUACCAGGUAAUUGACUCAUCAUUAGAUGCUUCUGCCAAGGAUGAUGAUUUGGGCCAACCUGGGAAGAGAGUACGACCUGGAAUUUCUGCUAGCAUCAUUACUGAGCUUACAGAUUGUAAUGCAGCUCUUUCGCAACAGCGGAAAAAGCGGCAGGUUCCUCCAACAUUGGCUCCUAUUGAUGCCCUAGAGAGGUACACUCAACUUUCUAGCCAUCCACUUCACAGAACUAGCAAGCCAGGCAUCUUAUCUAUCGAUAUACAAUAUUCGAAGGAUAUCAUUGCUACUGGCGGGUGUGAUGCAACUGCUGUCAUCUUUGAUCGGCCUUCAGGGCAGAUUGCAUCUGCACUCAGUGGUCACUCAAAGAAGGUAACAAGUGUGAAAUUUGUGGCUGAGGGUGAAUUUUUCUUAACUGGAUCAGCAGAUAAGACAGUUCGAGUGUGGCAAGGAUCUGAAGAUGGGAACUAUGAUUGCAGACACAUCCUGAAGGAUCAUACUGCAGAGGUUCAAGCUGUCACUGUUCAUUCCACGAAUAAUUACUUCGUGACUGCUUCUCUUGACAAUACAUGGUGCUUCUAUGAUCUCUCCUCUGGUUUAUGCUUGACUCAGGUUGCUGACACGUCCAAAACUGAUGGCUAUACAUCUGCUGCCUUUCAUCCUGAUGGUCUCAUCCUUGGAACAGGCACUUCAGAAGCAGUUGUUAAAAUUUGGGAUGUAAAAAGUCAGGCAAAUGUUGCAAAAUUUGAAGGCCAUGUUGGACCAGUGACAGCAAUAUCUUUCUCUGAAAAUGGAUACUUUCUGGCUACUGCUGCCCAUGAUAGUGUUAAGCUGUGGGAUCUGAGGAAAUUGAAAAACUUCCGGACGCUCAAUCUCUAUGAUUCUGACACACCUACAAACUCUGUGGAGUUCGACCACAGUGGAUCUUACCUUGGAAUUUCAGGAUCAGAUAUAAGGUUCAAUCUCCAAAUAUCUAGUCAUUUUCAAUAGAUUUGAAGAAUUUGUUU